AUGGAUCCGUCGCAAAAGCUCGCGCCGUCCCCAGUCAAGCCAAGAGCGAGCUGCUGCAGUGUCAAGUCGUCCAAGCGGGUGGGUGCUCUGCUCGCCUUCCACCUGCUGAACGUGCUGGUAUCCGUCGGUGGAGGCGUUGCCGUGGCUCUCCUGCUGGCGAGCAUGGUACUCAUGCCAGCCUGGAUGGCAGCCAUGGCGAUCGUGGUAUUCGUGGUGUUCCUACUGCACCUGGCCCAGCAAAUUCCCCACAAGUGCGGGGUGUUCUUUGGUUACGGAGUGCUGAUGGUGCUCUAUGUGGCCUCGUUUUCCUUGGAUUGGUACCUGGCGUAUGGCCCCUACAUGCUAUUCGGGGUUGGUGCCGUCGGCGUUAUGCUCUUCUAUUUGUCGACGGUAGCUGUGAAGUUCCUAGUGAAGGCUGACGUCCACGUUGCAAACCUUAUCAAGCGUACCGAUUCCACGCAAGAGCAUCAAGAACUCGUGCCCGAGGAGUGCAUGGAGCGAUUCGUGGUCUCGAAAGCAACCGACAUCAGCAUUCUCCUGCCCCAUGUUCUCAUGACACGUCGCGUGUGGGUCGCUGCUCUCUACUUCGCUGCUGUCAACGUUGCUAUGGGGGUGCUGAGUGCUGCUGUACUUGUGUGCACGGUGGUUCUGCCUGUGCUGGUGGUUGUCAGCAGAGGUGACGCGCCCUUUGUCGGAAGCCAAGCCACGUUUCACGACAACCGCGUCGUGUACAUCCUGUCGUCCCUCUCAAUCUGGCUGGCCGGAGCCAUUGGGUUGCCUGUGGUGGCAGCGUUGUCUGCGAAGCUGACGACGCGCGUAUGUGGGGAAUGGGAGUCCGAAAGAACGGACACCCAGAUUGAAGAUAAGGCCGACUUGGCAAUCCCGGCAACUCCCGGGGCGAGCUCGGCAGGCUUCGCAGAACUCGAGUCGGGCACCCCCGUCGCGACGACAGGUGCAAUGACUGCACUGUAA